GCAGAAGGGGGCGCUGGUUACAAGCGGUGAGCCUGCGCGGACCUCGGCCCACCCCGAGUCCCUAGUUCCUUCCGGGACCUCGUGCUGCGCGUCCUGAGCUGUGGACAAACGUGCGAUGACUCGUACCCGUCGGGAUGGCGCAGAGCCGCCUCCCUGCCCCAAAUCCUCUGCCCCGGACUUGCAUUUUGAGUUGCAGGGUCUUGGGGGUCCCCCACGGGAACCAUUGCUUGGGGCCCCGGGGGCGUGGCAGAGGCGGGGCGCCGGGCGGGGUCUUGGCGCGUCUUCAGGGGGCUGGCCUCCUCAAGUCCCAGAGGAGCGCUGUGCGGCCCUGGGGGCCGCGGGUGCCAUGGGGGCGAGGGGCGUGCGCCUGGCCCUGUGCGGCUUCGCGCUGCUCUGCGCGCUGGGUCUGGGCCAGCGUCUGGCGGGGCGUUCAAGCUGCGGCGCCGGCCGCCUUCUACGCGGGACCGGGACGAACGCGCGCUGCUGCCGCUCGUGCGCCCGGGCUGAGGGGGUCUGUCCUGAGAUGGACUGCGAGUGUAUCCAGCCCGAGUUCCACUGUGGAGACCCCCAGUGUAAGAGCUGCAAGCGCUACUCCUGUCCACCUGGCCAGGAGGCUCAGCCCGAAGGGAAUUUCAAUUUCGGCUUCAAGUGUGUUGACUGCGUGGCAGGGACCUUCUCCGGGGGCCACGAGGGCCACUGCAAGCCAUGGGCAGACUGCUCCCAGUUUGGGUUUCUCACCACGUUCCCUGGGAACAAGACGCACAAUGCCAUGUGCAGCCCGGGGCCACUGCCCGCUGAGCCGCACAGCCUGCUGACUGUCCUUCUCCUCGCUGUGGCCACCGGCAUCCUGGUCCUGACUGUGACCCAGCUGAGCCUGCACAUCUGGCAGCUGAAGAGGCAGAGAGCAUGGCCCCCAGGUCAGUUGUGCCCUGGGGAGGGGGCGGGGGCCCCUGGCCCGCCUGCUGACCACAGCCCCUUUGCAGAGACCCAGCUGCUCCUGGAGGCACCGCCGCCCCCGCCCGAGGAUGCUUGCAGCAUCCAGUUCCCUGAGGAGGAGCGGGGUGAGCGGCUGUCGGAGAACAAGGCCCGGCUGGGGGACCUGUGGGUGUGAGGCUUGGCCGUCCUCUGGCCCCGAGGGCCCCGGGCCGGAACCCCCAGAGCAAGGGCUCUGUGCCCUGCUGUGGGGCCCCAGCUCUCGGCCCGGCCCUGCUCCCCUCGAUGGCGGAAGCAGGUGGGGGAUGGUGGCUGCGACCAGUGCCCCG